GACAAUACUGACGUACAAGAGCAGCGGUGUUUGUUUAUAUGCGAUGUCGACUACAAUAACCGAUUCAAAACUAUACUAAAAUUUUUUUAUUUGGCUAGUUUAAGAUAUUAUAAAUUAAUAUAGUUUUCCGUGAAAUAAAAGGGAAAUAACAUUUUGAAAUACACGAGAGGACAUACCUUUUAUGAACAAAAUCAUAAUUUCCCCAUUAAUAAAAGCGUCCAGUGUGUAAAAUCUUUAAGUUAUGGAUGAAGAACCAGAGAGAGCAAAACGGUGGGAAGGAGGUUACGAACGAACAUGGGAGGUUCUGAAGGAGGAUGAGUCUGGAUCUCUGAAAGCUACAGUAGAGGACAUUCUUUUCCAGUCAAAGAGGAAAAGGGUGUUUGAAAGUCAUGGACAAGUUCGACUUGGGAUGAUGCGCCACCUUUAUCUGGUUGUUGACUCGUCUCGGUCGAUGGAAGAUCAAGACCUGAAACCCAACAGGCUGACAUCCACCCUGAAGCUGAUGGAGUAUUUUGUGGAGGAAUACUUUGACCAGAAUCCGAUCAGUCAGAUAGGGAUCAUUACUACAAAGAACAAGAGGGCGGAAAAGCUGACAGAUCUUGCAGGGAAUCCUAAGAAGCAUAUUGCAGCUCUUAAAAAAGCUGUGGACUCAACUUGCAUAGGAGAGCCGUCCCUCUACAACUCUCUCAACAUGGCAAUGCAGUCUCUAAAACACAUGCCUGCCCAUACCAGCAGAGAGAUUCUGAUCAUAUUCAGCAGUCUGACCACAUGUGACCCAGCCAACAUCUAUGAGCUUAUUAAAACCCUCAAAGGUUUGAAAAUCAGAGUGUCUGUGAUCGGACUGUCGGCAGAGGUUCGAGUAUGCACCAUUCUCACAAGAGAAACAGGAGGAACCUACAAUGUGAUAUUGGAUGAGAGUCAUUUUAAGGAGCUGCUGAUGUCGCAUGUGAAGCCACCUCCUGCCAGCUCCUCAUCUGAGUGCUCCCUUAUUCGCAUGGGUUUCCCCCAGCACGUCAUAGCAUCCAUGUCAGAUCAGGACGCCAAACCCUCUUUCAGCAUGUCGCACCUUGACAGCACUUCUGAAGGGCCAGGACUCACUCUCGGUGGAUACUACUGCCCACAGUGCAGAGCCAAAUAUACCGAGCUGCCAGUGGAGUGCAAAGUGUGUGGUCUGACUUUGGUUUCUGCUCCUCACUUGGCCCGCUCCUUCCACCAUCUCUUCCCUCUGGACGCCUUUCAGGAGACCCCACUGGAGGAGUGUGAGGGAGAGAGGUACUGUGAAGCUUGCCAAGUAGAGUUGAAAGACAAAAGUAUAUUUACUUGUCCGGCAUGUAAGAAAGUGUUCUGUGUAGAUUGUGAUCUCUUCAUACACGACACACUGCACUGCUGCCCCGGCUGCAUGCUAACUGAUGGGAUGUCCUGAUGUAAAAUGGCGCGAUUCUUAUGAAUUAAAUCUGUGAAAUUCAGGUUUAAUUAAGACUGAAAAAUAGAAGGAAGACAUCUGUCACUGAAUUAGAUUCUGAUCGGCUCAGUCUGAGGAUAAAUUGUUAAAAAGCCAGUUGUUUGGUGUUUAUGGCUGCAUAAUAAUUGUGCCCAAGCCUUAAAGGGACAUUUCACUUUUUUGAAAAUAUGCUCAUUUUCCAGCUCCCCUAGAAUAAAAAAUUAGAUUUUUUUACUGUUUUGAAAUCCAUUCAGCUGAUCUCCAGGUCUGGCGGU